AUGCAGCCUGCAGGCAAUGGCAUUCAGCCCACGAAUACGACUGCCAUGGUUAUGACCGGCUCUUGGUCAGUUGACGACACAAAACCGACUGUCCAAGCGGCCUUCCGCAACAAGAUCCCCCAACGGUUCAAGACAAAUGGCAUCUUCGAGAUUGCGGCGGGUGAAGAGGGUCUUUUAGUUGACGUCAAAGGUGAAUGGGGUCGAGCUUUCUUCUAUCGAGGCCAAAUACAGAUUCCUGUUAUGGUUCCUAUGAAUCGUGUCAAAACAGGUGCUAAAUGGCUUCCAUUCCACGACAAGCUCGCUCGCACAGAACUAAUCAACCCGGACAUUAACCAGAACGUCCAACAGACUGGCGACACCGUUCUAAACAACUAUGUCCGGACGCUCUGGACCACUCUGCGCCAGAACACACACGCACUGAAAGCACUUAGUCUCUCAGAAAAAGAUGGUCGUGCUGUAUUCGGCAACAACUUCGUAAACAACGUGAACCUCAUUACGCAAGGGUUUACAGAUCGUUCAAGACAGCUCUUCUCUAAUGGCACAGCCACUCUCGACCAAAUCGCUCUACUCCCUCGAGUAACUCCAACUUGGCCAGCUUCAAGUGCCAGAUGCAUAUACAUUCGCUUGUAUCGACGACGGGAUGGCAGCAUUGUUUAUUAUGCUAUUUACGUCGGCCAGACUACCCAACAGGCCUGGUUGAGGAACGGACAGCACAACAGAGUAACUCACAGAAACUCACCUCACUAUAAUGUUGCACGACGAUCAGCACCAGAGGAUCGCCUGAUGAUUCCAAUCAUGGUUUGGGAUAGAAACCAGGCUGUUUCAGUCGAGGUUCUCAACAUGGCCGAGCAAACGGUGCUUCUUAUGUUCAACACUUACAACAACUGGGUACUAAGUAACGGAUUCCGCGCUUUCGGCAUUAGCAUCCAUAAUCAAGCCAUGCUUUUGAGAAGUGUCAGCGCCUCAGCCCGAUCGGCUACUAAUUGGCCUCUUUACGACGUUACGGGCACAAACACAAUCUCUCCCCUUUUCUAUCUCAAGGCAGGCCUACCUUUCCAUUGCUACCGCUUACCAGCUAAGGCUGGCCAGCGUGGUAUGACUACUUACAGGCAAGCCAGAGGCGUCGUCACUAAUCGUUCUGGUCACAACAGUUGCCAAUGGUUUAUGAUACACACGGAUGGAACCAUUGAACGAAUCCGCAUUACGGUUCCCCUAACCCUUUGCCGCCCAGAUCGUCCUAUGUAUGUUGUUUUCGAGAUCAUGGACGAUGGAAAGCCUCACGAGAUUCCAUAUCUUGGAUGCCCGUCAGCUGGGCCCUUUGAGGACUUUGCUGUUGCAAGCAGCCUAGCUGUAGCGUUUGAGUGGUUCGAUGGAUCAUCUAACAAUUGGCAGAAGGCCUACGUUUCAAUCAAGGACAUUCGCACUACAUUCACGCUCGAAAUCGAUAACCCAGACAUCAUGAAACCUCUUCGUCGUUGGCGGCACUGCAUGAAUAUUAUACAACUUUUGGAAGGUAUCGACUAUACUGGGCCCCUUAACGGGUUUGCACAAAGUCUUACCUUCAGAGCUCUUGAUGUUAAAGAGCUUGUUGUUGAUCACCUUACUCAAACAGUCACAUGGCGACUCCGACCACGACGAAGCAAACCUGCCCCCAAGAUUGCAUCAUUCGAUUAUAACGCCUGCCUUGUUAAGGCUGCAGUACGCGGGAUGGAGACAAAAGUUGGAAAUCCGCCCGAUCCAGAAUCUGAUUUCUGGUGUUCCACAGGCCAUGAUGCCCGGCUAGAAGUCCAAUGUGACUUCUGUCGUUAUAUGUUCAGCAGGAAUAACCCUCCGUACUCAUGCGAAAGAGAUCCUCGGUUCACUGAUAGAUGGGUCUGUAUCUAUCAUGUUGUGAAUACUGAAGAGCCAAUCGAAGGCCGAAAUGGAUUAGCAGUUAUCAUGGCUGCUGAGGAAGAAACUGAAACUCAAGAGGAAUUAUCUGGUAACGAGAAUGUCAUUACUGAUGACUCAGAAGGCGAGGAUUGA